AUGAUGUGUGCCGACCGCGUGUGUCGUCAUCACGUCAGGGGCCGGUGUGUGACGCAGCCCCCUCUCCCCUCCCUCUCUCGGUCUCGCGGAUGCUGCUGCUGCUGCUGCUGUGCGCGGGGACAUGUCGCACGGUCUCCCCGCAUCUUCGGUUCUUCUCCGCUGCGUGUGCCUCCCGUACCGGCCCCUAUAGCUCCAGCACCUCCACCCCCAGCACCCACGCGUGACAUCCACCCGGCACCCACCUAUCCGCGGGGCCUGGAGUCUCCGCAUCGGGCCGCAGCAUCCUUCCAUCUUCCACCGCAGCAGCAGGACUGUGUGUGGAGUCUUCCCCAGGGCUGGAGCGCGCUUGUGCCGGUGUGCGGAGCUUCGACAUCCCGCGGGCUGGACUGGAUGCGCUUGUGCGUCUCUCCGCGGCAGAUUAACGGGAUUGUGUCUGCACGCGCGCUGAUGUCCUUGAGCUCUCGGCCUGCACGGUGA